AGUCUACAUCACUGUGUAGUCUAGACCCGGGAAGGGUGGAAGGAGAAAGGAUUGAGAGGAGAGGGUUGAGGAAAGAAAGGGAGAGAGGAAAGAAUAAAAGGAAAAAGAGGGCAGAAAGGGGGCACGGGAAAGGAGGGAGAAAGGAGAGGGGAAAACUAGCUUUUUAUAGUUUUUUUUUUCGUUUUUAGGGUUUUUUUUUUUGUUUGUUUUUUAAGUUCGGGGUGGGAGAUCUUUUUUCACUCGAAGACAUGGGACAAGAUUUUCUUCCAUCCAUCCAUUCUUCCUGUUCUUCCUUUCUUCCCUGAUUUAGUCCUACCAAGUUAAUGAAGAAAUAUGGGGUCCUAGGGUGGAGAAGCUUUCCUUACAGACGGGAAAACUGCACUCUGAGCUGGCAUAGGACAGAGCAUCUCUUCGUCACCAAUGACUACAGUCUGGCCACCAGCAAUGAGUACCUUGGAAACCCCAGUUCCUUAACCCUUGCCUGAUCUCUGUCAGCAUCUCCCCAGGGCAAAAGUUCACUGCAGAGCUGAAUUGGGCUGGGCUAGGCUGGAGCUCCUCAGGCUUUCUUCCCGGCGAGGGCGGGUCAGCUCCCAUGAAGUCCUCCACCUACCUCGAACCUCCCGCCCUAUAUUCUCCACCUCCCUACCCCUAUUCUCCUGAGGGAAUUUCCCCUAAAUGUCUGAGCAGCCAGUUUCCUCUCGGAGCCUCUGGGUGGAUAUGGAUAAAAGGGACCCGAAGUCCUUGGGGUGCACAAAGCUGGAGAACUCUCCACCUGUGCUUCUGCUCUCAAACUCCACGCCCGCUAAGUUACCAUGCGUUCUAGUACUUGCGCCUCAGCCGCAGGCUCUGCACUCCUUCGGUCAAGGCUGCUGCCUCUCUUGUUGCUGGCUACUUUAGCGUGGAGUGCCAAUGCUUCCAAGCCAAUCGCAACUAGAGAGCUGCGCUGCAAGUGCGUGAAGACCACACAAAAGAUUCAUCCCAAAAUUAUAGCCAGUGUGGAAGUGAUCACAGCGGGACCCCACUGUGCUACAAACGAAGUCAUAGCCACUUUGAAGAAGGGGACUGAGCUUUGCCUUAAUCCUGAAGCCCCUUGGGUGAAGAAAAUUAUCCAAAGAUACUUAAACAAUGAUUCUCCACUUUGAUUUACUUAAGUGGAACUGACAAAGACUGAUGAAGUGAUGAUUCUCUGUAAGAAAAUUUGGAUUCCUUAGCGGAAGAUCUUUCAAGGAAUUUUUUUUUUGGGGGGGGGAGUACGAAGAAUACUACAAGAAAAUGCUUCAGCCAGUCAGUCAGCUAGCCAUCGCUCACUGAUUUAGCAUUCAUAAGGAAUACACUUUAUGGGUAGUACUCCUUGCCUUUGGCAUUCUCAUGGCUAUGUUAUGAACUCGGCAUUGAUUUUUUUUAAAGUUAUUUGACCUAUUUAUUUUUUACAUUGCAUAUUAUUCUUUUAUAAUUAAAUCUUUGGCAAUUGACCAACUGUUUAGAAGUCACUCCACUACGUGGAGGUUGGUAAUCUAUGAAUACCUUGUUGUAGUCAAGGCAUUUUAAGAGUUAAAGAAAAGCAGCAUAUACUCUAUAGCUUAAUCUAUGAAUAUGGAAUGAGUUUUAAUGCCAAAAAAAACAUGAUUAAUAGGACAAGGGAGAUAAAAUAAAAACUAGUUCCAAGGCACAUGCAGUAAGGUUCAUAUGUCAGCAUAGAAAUAAUGCUCAAGAAAGCUAGGGUAUCAUAAGUUUACUUGUCAUAUGUUAUUUUAUUUGGAAUUUCCAAGUAUUUGAGUUUUAAAGAAAGAAGUGUAUAGUUUCCAUGUCAAUUUAGAGAUGUGGUGUCUAUUUUAGUAUGGCAUAAUGUCAUAACAUAUGAAUCUUGCUGGGUGUUGAAUAAAUAUAUUUUAGAAACUGUGUCUACAUUGCUAGUCAUCAUAUAUACAUAUGUGAGUAUACAUACAUAAGUUGAAAGAUUUAGAAAUUAAGGAAACAAUUAAAUUCUGGAUUUAUGGCUUUUAUACACUUCCAUUUUUGCAGAUUUAUUUUACAAUAAAAGUGAAUUUAGUAAGAAUCAAUAUUAUCUUUCUGAUCUUUUGAGAGCUUACAAUAUAGUUGAGCAAUUCUUCAUGUAUCUUUUCUUAAAAAUUAGAUGAGUUUUAACGUAGACAUUUUUGGAGGAAGUAGUUUUUAUACUGUUAUGAAUUGAUCACAAUUAUUUUUUGCCUUUUUGUUAUAAGAAAUUAUGUUAAUGUUAUGUUGUGUGAGUAAUUUUCUUUUCCUGUUAAUUGUACCUGUUUUAUUUCUCUUGGGGAAAAAAAUAAAUAGUUUCCAAAUUCAAA